GUUAUGGUCGCGAUCCCCCGUUUUUGCCAUGGUAACUCACUCUUGAGUCAUUUCCCCUCCCCGCCCUCUUCGGUGCCAGGUUGGUAAAAACGCAGUGGCGGCGCAGUGGUGCCUGAUGUACCCUAAGGUUUCCUUCCCCUCCGCCCGAUUGAAUCCACCACUCCUCCGCCCAUUGCGCCCGCCCUUGCCGCUUCCCCACGACGUAACUGAUGAAAGGCCCCACGGAUGGUUUGCGCGUCUCCCCCGUCGCUGAAACGUCAGGUUUCUAGCGACUCGCACGGGAGUUAUGCCAGUCAAUCGUCCCGCAAGCUGCUGUUUGGCGAGAUCCCAAGCCCCAUCGAGACGCCCAACACAUCCUUGCGUUCCAACAACUCGCUAUGCAAUCUUGUCAUGUCGACAAGCUCAGCCUUUCUACGCUUCUGGCUGUCCGACAGCUGUCGAGAUGCUUUCCUGGCCCAAGUGGAUAAGGCCGACCUCCCGGCCGUCCGUUUGGUCUGCCACGACCUGAGCACUCGUGCCGAGCCCUUCCUCUUCGAAGACAUGACCAUUACCUUCCGGCCUAGCACUUUCACUCGCCCUGCCCGGAUGGAGGCUCUAGAGCGGAUCGGCCAUCAUGUCCACACCCUGACGUUCAAUUUGCCGCAUACUUCGGAGACCUUCCUGCCACCGCUUGUGGACCACACCACUGGAGAGGAAAGGAGCUUUGUCUACGAGCCUCAAAUUCACAAACCAUCGACCCUUAUCGGACGUGUCAAGCAGCCCAAGUACGGUUCCUGGGAAAUGACGGAUUUGCUGAUUCAACAGUACCCUCCCUUGUUCCAUGCUGCAACCAACAUUCCCGCCUUUAUCCGGGCUUUAACGGCACUCUCCUCCAUAUCCCAUCUCAGGCUUGAUUGCUCUGGUCAAGAUCCCACCCAGCGCCAUCGGCGCAGCACUGUCGACUAUGCCCUCAUUUCCCUGCGGAUUGCCGUUGAGCGGUCGCCGCUAUACGAUCUUGAUACUUUGACCUUUUCCUCGAUGCAUCCGGCUGGAUUACUCCACCUCCAACCAAUCAUGGGCCUUGGGGGAACGCCCGCAUCCUUGAAACGAUGGGCCCAAAUUCGGACUCUAGCCAUCCACAUGGAUAGUUUUUCCUUUUCGGAUUCAUCUUACAAUGAGCAUUUGCGAAUGCUCCAUUCUUACCUUCGCACCUUUACACCUUUUCUCAGGAGCUUGUUUUUCCGCUGGAGAGAUGAAAAAGGACCUUCGCCACUCACGCUGGACCUUGAACCUUGUCUUCAACCGGACACGACUGAUGAUUCCGAUAUACGUAAGACGAUUGGCCUUCACGGGCUUCGGUUCCUAAAGCUGCGUUAUAUGGAGAUUGAGAAUUCAAUCACGGAUUCUUCACAGAUUAGCGCGUUUGUAAGCAAACAUCGGCAUAAACUCCGCGAAUUCAACUUCGAGGAUAUUACCUUGCGCAGUGGAGACUGGGACGAUGCGCUUGCGCCCCUCACCCGUAUGGCCGAGGAAUGGAAGAAUCGUACCGAGGAAGUCAUGGACGUACCGCUCAUACUCAGCCCUGUCGGCCUUGACCAUGAAUCCAUAUCGGACUCCGUCGAAGAUCAGUCGAUCACUCUUGGUCAAAUGUCGCUCAGCAAAUGGCUUGCCAAGAAAAAAACGAGUAAGGCUGCUAGCAAAGCCAAGGAGCAGCUGUGGGGAUACGAAGAGCACAUGCGAAAAUUCCUACGAACGUCAGUCUUCCCAUGGCGCUGAUUGUGAAUAUGCAUGCUCGAGGAGCAACGGCGUCUUGGAGUUAAGAUGGCGGUCUAGCAUACACCGGAUGUAUCAUGUGACAAACGGUUAGGGCGGUAUUGUCGAUUGAUUUUUGGAGGUACGACGGUACAGCGCGGGAAAAACCCUCUCGCUGAUGAGAGAUGAGGUACGACUUUUUUGCAUGAUGAAGGCAUGGUUACGACGGAUGCCAGCUACGGUCUUUACACUCCAUUUCCUUCACAUUUAGGCACAUUCUUUGGGAAUUUCCUUUUCGUACUUAUACCCCCUCUGAUUUUGAAUAGUUAGUAGUCAGGCCCGAGCAUGGGCGCGCAAUGCAUUUCAUAUGUUGAAGUACAAAUAUACAUUAUUUUAAGGCG